CACGGGAAAGAAGGAAAGAAGGAUAGGGCAGGGCGGAAUACCGGCUUGCGCGACUCGGACGAACCGGCGACGGCGCAAAGGCCUCCUCGAAGCAUAUAACGGAUCUUCUCCCCAGCAAGCAACAUGGCAUCCUCGGAAUCCACAAUGACGGCGGAUGCGGUGGUCGUCCACCGUAUGCGCACGAAGUACCACUGGCCCGCGCUGCAGCUCAAUUUCUGGCUCCUAAUCAUGACCAUUGGGAGCGCGACGAUACUGGGUAUUUUCAGUUACUUUGCUUCCGUGCAGCAGCAGUUGCAAGUUGGGACACCAUGGUACUUCCCCUACUGGAUCACCGUCUCCGCGCUCGCCCUCCUGUUCAUCCUCAUGAUGCUCUACCUAAUAGCCCAGCGGCAACUCCUCCCAGGAAUCGUAGUAAUGGGCUCCUUCAUUCUGUUUGUGCUGUGGAUGGUAGGCUUGAUCGUCAUCUCGAUCCAGCUGUGGGGGCCGUCGGGGAGUGUGAACGGGAACUGCAAUCUUUAUGUAACAGGAGCGGCGAGUCAAGGACCGAGCCAAGCUACAUUGGCGUAUUUGGAGCAGCAUAGUAUUUGCCAGAGCUGGACAGCCGCGUGGGCAUUCCAGUUGGUGGGAUGCGUCUUCCUGCUUUGGAUGAUGAUCAUGGCAUACCAGGUUUACGCAGAAGAUUCAUAGGGCCAGUAUCCAGCCACCCUUAAUGCCACGGAACGAAGACGAAAGACGACACGACGAGAGACGAAGGCAUAUGACACAGGAAUUGAAGGUGUAGGAGUGUGCAUACGGGUCAUUAAUCGGUUUGGUUUGCAUAUAUUGGCGUUCGGCGACAGGUUCAAGACUGCAGAUACACUCUGGUCUACAACAUUGGGUUUGGCGUGGGAGAAUACGCUCCACUGUAGUCCUGUGCAUUUGUUACAUCUUCAUUUCUUGUCUCAAGUCACAACUAUAUAUCAGCUUCGUGUCGAAGCAUAUCUCACCAUCGCUUUUCAGGG